AUCACAUUAGUUCCUCGAGGCCGAUGUGUGUGUUGCCCAGUAAUUAAAUGUUAGUUGAGUUGAAUACCCAUUGAGAAUAUAUUUAGUGAGAAAUAUUUCCCAUAUCUUUUUUGUCGACAGAGACUUUAGGCAUGAACUAUCAUUAAUUAUUACCUGCGUUCGUGAAUCGUGGACAAGAGGUCAUAACUGGUUCAUGUUUGUGAAGAAAGGGAACUUUAUCUACCACAACCACGUAACACAGCGGACGAUAUAAUCGCAGGCCCCAGUAUCCGACAAAGAACUGCACAAAGAUGGUGUUGCUGCAGGGAAAGGUGCAGCCGGGCGAGGAAAGAGUGUACCAUUUGAACACCAAGGAUUUCCUUCGUCCGCCUUUGAAACAAAUAGGAAACAGCAUAGCGGACAUCAGAAGUUAUUUUGAAAAGAAAGGUGUCAUAAACAUGAUGCCUGACGGACCCAAGAAGGACCUGGAGGAUAUUGACGCGGAUUUGUUGUCGCUAUUACAGGAAGAUUGUGUCUUAUCAGGUGACAAUAUAGUGAAAGGAGCAUGUUCUGGCACGUGCACAGACGCUUCUUGCCUUGUGUUUUUGUCAGAAUCCUUAGCAACAACAUUCAAUAUCUCUGCGUCACCACCACCGUUCGAACACAAAUGUGAUAUAUUCAUAGCAAUGCCCAAGCAACCCCUUAUUAUACUAACAGUUGCUGAUGAUUCGACUGCGACGGGAGCAGAGAGAGACUAUAAUGCUUCUGUGGCCAGAGAAGUGACAUCAAAACUGCGGGCGUUUACAAGUGAGAGUGUUAACAUCGUGCAUGGUGUUAUCUGCAGAAGGGAUUUGAAAGAUAGUCGAACGUUCCACAGAAAGUUACUCCUUCACGCAGCUCUAUCGUCGUUGUUCCUUCCAAAGUCUACUUUCUCCACGAGUGAACCAAAGUACAGCCGUGUUCUAACAGCUGUUUGGGCAGCAAUGGCUCAAACCAGGGCUGUGCUGGCAGAGAUAGAUACGAGUAUCAGGUUUCUUACAAAAGAACAGUGUGUCGUCUUGGUGGAGAACAUGAACUCUAAACAUGUCCAGGUGAGAUGUGAACCCGGAAGUGGAGCUACGACUCUGAUGCUGGAGGUGACCAGGAGACUGAGCAGGCUGGGGGAAACUCUCCUGGUGUGUAGGUCAAGGGAGGAGACGGACAGACUCAGUUUGAUGCACCCAUCAACUGUAUCGAUGUGCGAUGUUGGAUACUUGGAUCUGUCAAAGUUCGAGAAUAUUGUCCACGACACUGAUGAUAUACUUUACCAACAACGAGGUCGUCACUGGCAGUUCCUGAGAGAAUCCACUUGAAGCAAGAAGAGACAGUAGCAGUUGCUAGAAUGCUUAUCGCAAAAAAACAUCUGUGUCGGCCUCAUGUCA